CACGCGUACGUGUGUCGCGAGAUCCUGCGGGGCCUGUCCCACCUGCACCAGCACAAGGUGAUCCACCGCGACAUCAAGGGCCAGAACGUGCUGCUCACCGAGAACGCCGAGGUCAAGCUGGUGGACUUUGGGGUGAGCGCCCAGCUGGACCGCACCAUCGGGCGCCGUAACACGUUCAUCGGCACGCCGUACUGGAUGGCGCCCGAGGUCAUCGCCUGUGACGAGAACCCCGACGCCACAUACGACUACCGGAGUGACCUCUGGUCUCUGGGAAUCACAGCGAUUGAGAUGGCCGAAGGCGCUCCCCCGCUGUGUGAUAUGCACCCAAUGAGGGCUCUCUUCCUCAUCCCUCGCAACCCCCCGCCUCGCCUCAAGUCAAAGAAAUGGUCCAAGAAGUUCCAGAGCUUCAUGGAGAGCUGCCUGGUGAAGAACUACGUGCAGCGGCCGCACACGGAGAUCCUGCUCAAGCACCCGUUCAUCCGCGAGCAGCCCACGGAGCGCCAGGUGCGCAUCCAGCUCAAGGACCACAUCGACCGCACCAAGAAGAAGCGCGGAGAGAAGGAGGAGACAGAGUACGAGUACAGUGGCAGUGAGGACGAGGAUAACGACCCCGGCAACCAGGAGGGGGAGCCCAGCUCGAUUGUGAACAUGCCGGGAGAGUCGACGCUUCGAAGAGACUUCCUGCGUCUGCAGAAGGAGAAGGAGAACUCUGAGGCCCAGCGGCGGCAGCAGCAGCUGAUGCAGGCGGCGCAGGAGCGGCACAAGCAGCAGCAGAUGUUGGCCGAGCGGCACAAGCGCAUCGAGCAGGAGCGCGAGCAGCGCAGACGCCUCGAGGAGAGGCAGCGGCGCGACCGGGAGCUGCGCCGGGAGCAGCAGCGCCGAGACGAGGAACUGCGCCGGAUGGAGUUGGAGCGCCGGCGCCGAGAGGAGGAGGAGCGGCGCAUCGCCGAGCGCGAGCAGCAGGAGUACAUUCGGAGGCAGCUAGAGGAGGAGCAGAGGCAGCUCGAAAUCCUGCAGCAGCAGCUGCUGCAUGAGCAGGCGCUACUGCUGGAGUACAAGCGCAAGCAGAUGGAGGAGCAGCUUCAGGCCGAGAAGCUGCACCGGCGCCUGCAGCAGGAGCAGGCCUACCUCAAGCAGCUGCAGCAGGUGCAGGGUGGUGGUGGUGGUGGCGGUGGCGGCGGUGGCGGCGGCGUCGGCAAGGCAACCGGUGCGGCGGCGCCGGCCACCACCGCGGCAGCGGCGGCGGCUGCGGCCCACGCCAAUCAGCAGCAGCAGCUGCAGCAGCAGCAGCAGCUGUAUCACUACCAGAACCACAACCCCAGCGAGAAGCCGGCGUGGGCCAGAGAGGUCCAGUUGCGCUCCCUUAGAGGUGCCGCGCUACAGCAGCAGCAGCAGCAGCAGGCGCAAGCGGCCCCCCGCAACCCCCCCUCCGCCGUCGUGCAGCCCCCCGAAACCAUCCACUUUCACGGCGGCGGCGCCGGCUUCUCGCACCGCGCCGGCGCCGGGGGGCCCCGGCAAACGUCCCUGGAGGCGCCGGCGGCGGCGGCGUCGUCGGCCGACGAGUUGUUUCUGUCGGCGUCGGCGCCCGGCAACGCCCUGCGAGAGGCGCUACGGAGGAGGAGCAGGGGCCAGCGGCUGUCGGUGUCAUCGGAGGACGUGCGGGCGGAAGCCGAGAUGCCUGCGUGGCACCAGCAGCAGCAGCAGCAGCAGCACCAGCACCAGCAGAAGCAGCAGCAGCAGAAGCCCAGCGCCAGCGCUUGGCAGCCGUCGGAGAAGAUCACUUUCACUCCCUUCGCCCGGCAAGAUGCCAAGGCUCAAGCGGCCCCAGCGAUGCAGCACCAGCACCAGCAGGGAGCCCCCCACCACCCGCAGGGCGCCCCUCAGCACCAGCAGGGAGUCCCUCAGCACCAGCAGGGAGCCCCUCAGCACCAGCAGGGCACCCCCCAGAAGCCCCAGCAGCAGCAGAAAUGGUUCCAGGUGCGGGUUUUCCCACCGUACCGCGGGUCGCUGGACGACCAGGGCGUGCCGGCUCCGGCGCCGGCUCCGGCUCCGGCGGGGCUGGCGCGCAGCUCGUCGUGCCGCCUGCGCGCCGCCCGCCGCUCCGUCUCCUCCGAGGACGUGCGGCUCGACGACGGGUGGGCCGCCGUGCCGGCACCGCUGGCGCCGCUGGCGCGGGGGGGGCUGGCGCCCGAGAUGGCGGCGUCCAGCCCGGCGCUGGCGGCGGCGCCGACCGGCGGGAAGAUCGCCGCCGUCUCCGUGCCGGCGCUGCCGCCCAAGCGCCCCCCCCCUCCCGCCGUGGGGGGGCGACGCGGCGGCGCUGGCGGUGCCGGCGGCGGGGGGGGCGGUUUGCGUCGGCCGUGGAGCUGUCGGCGUGGAGCCGCGUCGGCCGGGUCGAGGUGCCGCCGGAGCCGCUAGCGCCGACACAGCCGCUAGCGCCGGCGCCGCGCGGCAGCGCCGCGGUGCACACCUCGGCCCUGUCCCUGUCGGGCGCGGCCUUCGUGGAGAUGAUCACCAGGCG